CGUCACUAUGCCGAGAACAUCGACCGGGAAUCAAGAAAGCCAAUUUUAUGUUGAUUGGUUGAAACAAGAGCGGUAAAGUUGUCCGAAUUCAGAAGCAAGCUCGGAUGAGAUAUCCGAGCCGGUACCAAGCAUUGGUGGGAACACGAUUUAUAAGUGCCGCCAGCGAAUUUCCUACACCGUAGCAGAAAUGAAAUCUUCCGAUUAAUAUGGAGGCAUUUCUGAAUAGAUAUUCAUCGCACUCUCAAGCUCUUUCUCAAUGCAGUCUCUCGCCCCAGCUCCUUCGUCCAUUAUCUCUACACCUUCCCUCGGGCCCAAGGUCUCAGCAGUCCGGGUCCGCAAGGCGUCGGCAGCAUGUGGAGAGUGCAAGCGACUCAAGACAAAGUGUAUAUUUAGGGACAAGGCCGCUGCCUGCGAAAAUUGCACUAAGCGUCAUCUCUCCUGUACGCUCGACUUGGAUAGAGAUAUGCGGCGAAAAUCGGCCUAUAAAAAAAGAAUUGAAGAAUUGACAGAGGAACGGGAUACUUUACUCCAGCUAUUUCAGACGCUACAGGACAGUUCAGACGCUAAUAGCACGACGUUGUUGAAAAUGAUCCGAAGCAAAUCGAGUCUCAGCAAUAUACAGCUUUAUCUGUCUACUAAACACCAACAACAGAGGUCUAAAUCUGCCGAAACUGUCGAUUCUUCUCAGAUAUCGACAGAGACCAAUAGACAUACAUUGUCGCACCGAGUGCUUAGCAUACAGCAGCUUUUGGAUAUGCCAACACGUUGCAUCCCUGCUGACUCUUGAACCUCAGCAGUCUGAAGUGACGAAUUUUCUGAAACUGGAUUGUGGCUUUUCUAAUGACCCGCUCUGUAAAACAUGCCCAAGAUUUUGGGUUUAACAUAUGUUAUGGAUGUUUGUGCCAUUCUUGUAAUCAGCUGUAACUAAUCCUAUGCUAAAAACUAAUUUGAG